AUGGCGCCUGUUAGGAUAACUGGCGCUGUUGUUGUAGCGGCGACGAUGGUGACGCUUUGCUACUGCUAUUUGGGUUUGUUUCGUUUCUCGGGCAAGUUCGAUUCGCGCUCGUCUGAGAAGAAGAAGAAGAAGAAGAAGAGGAAGGAGAAGCUGAGUAGGAGAAACGGACUCGUCGAUGCCAUUGGCAAUACUCCUCUGAUUCGUAUCAAUAGCCUCUCCGAGGCUACCGGAUGUGAGAUUCUUGGGAAAUGCGAGUUUCUGAAUCCAGGAGGCAGCGUUAAAGAUAGAGUUGCUGUGAGGAUCAUUGAAGAGGCUUUGGAGUCUGGUAAGCUGUUUCCGGGGGGGAUUGUAACAGAGGGGAGUGCGGGGAGUACUGCCAUAAGCCUUGCUACAGUUGCUCCGGCAUAUGGGUGCAAAUGUCAUGUUGUUAUACCUGAUGAUGCUGCUAUUGAAAAGUCUCAAAUACUUGAAGCCCUUGGAGCUACCGUCGAGAGGGUGAGGCCGGUGUCAAUAACCCACAAAGAUCACUAUGUCAACAUUGCGAGGCGACGGGCUGACGAAGCAAAUGAGUUAGCAUCAAAGAGAACACUCGCGAGUGGAAUAAAUGGCAUGCACCAGGAAAAAAGUAAUGGUUGCAGAGUUGAGGAAGAGAAAGAGACUUCCUUAUUCUCAGAGUCAGUAGUUACAGGUGGCUUCUUCGCAGAUCAAUUCGAAAACUUGGCAAACUAUAGGGCUCAUUAUGAUGGUACUGGCCCUGAAAUCUGGCAACAGACUGAUGGCAACAUCGACGCCUUUGUUGCUGCUGCGGGUACAGGCGGUACGUUAGCUGGCGUUUCAAGGUUUCUUCAGGAUAAGAAUGAAAGAGUGAAAUGCUUCCUGAUCGAUCCUCCUGGGUCUGGUCUGUACAAUAAAGUAACAAGGGGAGUGAUGUACACACGAGAGGAAGCUGAAGGACGUCGACUGAAAAACCCAUUUGAUACAGUAACGGAAGGGAUUGGAAUCAACAGGCUUACUCGGAAUUUCCUGAUGGCGAAACUUGACGGCGGUUUCCGUGGUACUGAUAAAGAAGCCGUUGAGAUGUCGAGGUUUCUUCUGAAGAAGGAUGGGCUCUUUGUUGGAAGCUCCUCGGCUAUGAACUGUGUUGGGGCAGUGAGGGUGGCUCAAACCCUUGGUCCUGGUCACACAAUUGUCACCAUUCUUUGCGAUAGUGGAAUGAGACAUCUUAGCAAGUUUCACGACCCGGAGUACUUGGCUCUGUACGGGUUGAGUCCAACCGCAACUGGAUUAGAAUUCCUCGGCAUAGAAUCUAUAGAUAACAGCUAUGUCUGGAGUCAACGGAAGAAAGUCACAGCAACAAUGCAUGUUAACGUGUUCAACAAGAAGUACAAGUCCUAUCUUCACGGUCAGGGGGAGCUUGAAGGUCAAGAAACUAAAAUCAAUCUCUUUGAUGAUGAUGAUGAAGAAGAAGAGGGGUUGAUAGAGAUUUCUCUCGUGCGAGAAGCAAAGGAAGAAAAUUUGGAGAGUGUGAAGAAAGUUUGGAUGAGUAAAGAAGAAUAUUACGAAGAAAUGACGAUCAUGGAGAUAUGGGAAGAAAUUGAAGCAGAAGAUAACUUGAUAGAGAUUGAUAUCUCCACCCGAUCCAUUGUCUGA